AUGAAGAUUUUACUACUGACCUUUAUCUGUGGUCUCCAGGCCCUUAAUAAUGAUGUGAAAGAACCACCACAGCUUACCGGAGAAUGGUACACUGUUGGACUGGCCUCAACUGUGCCAUCUAAGAUCAUGAAAGGAGGUAGCUUGGAGAUAUAUGUUCACAAAAUCUAUAAUAAUGAAGAUGGUUCUCUUGGUGGAGAAUUCUUCAAAAAGGAAAAUGGUGAAUGCAUUAAAUUUUCUGUGAGUGCUAGCCAAGAAAAUGAUGGUCAAUUAAAGGUACCAUAUGAUGGAGAAAAUUAUCUCACCAUUAAACAUCUAGACAAUGAAUAUGCCAUGUUUAAGUUGACUAAUGUAAAAGAUGAUAAAAAUACUACUUGGUGUGAACUCUUUGGCCGCUUUCCAGAUCUGUCAGAUGAAAUAAAAGGACAAUUUACAAAAAUGUGCAAAGAGGUUGGAAUUUUGAACAAUCAAGUUAGAGAUCUGUCCAAGGAUGAUCGAUGUCAAGAACUUAGAUAAGAAAAUUCAUUCUGGCAUGCAGGAAUUUCUCAGAUAAAACAUCCUUGGAUUUCUGAACACCCCUACUUCCUCCAAAGAAUUGUUAUUAUGGAUGAUGAAAAUUUCUACUGGCUUUCUGUUCUCUCCUCCAAAUUCCUAGGAGUCUCUCUUCCCCUUCCUGUUUGACUUAUCCCAAGUGGAACU